AUGCAUCUUUAUGUGAAAACAUUGAAGGGUCUGUCUGUGUCUUUCACUACAGUGGUCGAAUCUCAUCCAGAUAAUGCGUUAGAGGACCUGAGACUAGAUCAGCCAUUCACAGAGCUCAAACACCACGUAGAGUCCUAUGACCUGGACAACAUGGAGAAGAAGGAUCACAGUCAUACGCCAUGGAUCAUUGUGGUUGCCAAAUACUUGGAAAAGUGGUAUAGUGAGCACAACUCUCAGUUACCGAAGAACUAUAAGGAGAAGGAAGCAUUCAGACAGCUCAUCAGAGAAGGAAUCCUUACGAAUGAGAACGGAACACCUGAAGAUGAAGAGAACUUUGAGGAGGCAAUCAAGAAUGUGAACACGGCUCUGAACCCCACCAAGGUCCCCAGUGCAACGGAGGACAUUUUUAAUGCUGAGCAGUGUGAAAACAUUACCUCCCAGAGCCCAUCCUUCUGGGUGAUAGCACACGGAGUGCGGGACUUUGUUCGAAAUGAGGGGAACGGAAAGCUACCUGUGCGAGGAACCAUCCCAGACAUGAUUGCAGAUUCAGACAAAUUCAUCAAGUUACAAAACGUCUACAGAGACAAAGCCAUGAAGGACGCAGCAGUUGUGUCCAAACAUGUUGAAGCGCUUUUACAAUCAGUUGGAAAGCCUCCAGAGAGCACCUCUGAACAGGAAAUCAAACUUUUCUGUAAAAACGCAGCUUUCCUCAGAGUGGUGCGCUGCAGGUCUCUGGCAGAGGAAUACAGUGUGGACACUUUCAAUAAAGAUGAAAUCACAUCCUGUAUGGACAGCACAGACAGUGAGAUGGUUCUGUACCUCAUGCUCCGUUCAGUCGAUCGCUUCUAUCAGCAACACUCCCGUUACCCAGGUGUCUACAAUUACCAGGUGGAGGAAGACAUUAACAAACUCAAGCUGUGUGUAAACAGUCUUCUACAGGAGUACAGUCUGAACGUCAAUGUGAAAGAUGACUACAUUCAUGAGUUCUGCCGUUAUGGAGCUGCCGAGCCACACACGGUCGCAGCUUUUCUGGGAGGAUCAGCAGCUCAAGAAGCCAUCAAAAUCAUCACGCACCAGUUUGUACCUUUCAACAACACGUUCCUCUAUAAUGCCAUGUCACAGACCUCUGCUACUUUUCAGCUUUAGAGCAAUCGUCCCUUCCAAUCGUGUUUCCUCAUUCCUCUAUCAAAGUGUUGGCCACAAAUUGGCACUCAAGUUUGUUUAUACUUACAUUGAUCAAUGGUGUUGCUUUUUGACAAGACCAGAACUGGUGCUGCAUACUAAAUAAACCAUGUAUCUCCAAAGCUUUUGUACUGUAUGUGAUUUUUGUGCUCUUUUCACAACAGUUUGAAUGCAUAUACACUAUCUUUACUGUCACUUUUGAUCAAUUUAAUGUAU